UACCCGUACAAUGAUGUACUAACGAUGUACAAUUAUGUACCUGAGGUAGUUUUACCGGUUGGAACCCUCCGAUGGUCAAGUACAUUGGGGUCAUUCAUAACCUCAGAAAAACCAUUUGUUAUUGUUCACAAGGAGAUUUUCGCGGAGUUUGAUAAGGAUGAGACACACGCCAUUUAUCUCACGAACAGUUCUCGUGCGAGACGGAAACGUUGACAGUGCAUUUCGUCUGUUGAAUCGAAUUUUGGGGAGUGAGGGACUUCUUGAACAAUGGCGUAGAUGCAGGUUCUACGAAAAGCCGACUCAAGUGCGAAGAAGAGUUAACUUUGAGAAGUGCAAAGCCCUCUACAACGAAGAUAUGAGCAGGAAGGUUCAGUUUUUACUCAGGAAAAAUCGCGUCGAUGCGUUCCCAGGAUGUCAGUAAUACAAACCUAAAUAAUGGAACAGUCUUCGGUGUUAAAAGUUAUUGACUAAGCUAGGGUGUAAGUCAAUUGGAAAAGAUGCUAGAAAAAUAAAUUCAAUCACUAUUGGUAA